AUGUCACGCUCAUCGGAAACAAAUGAAUUUCUCACUAAUAUAGCUAACUUGCUUGAUACUCAAAGAGGAAGUUCACACAAAAAGUUCGAAGUGAUCAUCAUUGUGAUUAUUACUGGAUCCAUAAAUUUGAUGACCAUUAUUGGAAACAUUCUGGUUAUUACUUCUAUCAAAACAAACAGACAUUUACGAACCAUUAACAAUUGCUUUCUUUUCAGCUUAGCCUGUGCUGAUUUGAUUCUUGGUGUGUUCACUAUGAAUGUAUUCACCAUUUACACCGCAUUUGGUUACUGGCCUAUGGGCCCGAUUUUGUGUGAUUUAUGGCUUGUUGUAGAUUACGUUGUAAAUACUGCAUCUGGCAUUAAUCUUCUUAUCAUCAGUUUUGACCGGUACUUCUGUGUGACAAAACCCCUUAGUUACCCCGUAAGCAGGACACCGAAGAUUGCAGGGAUAAUGAUAGCAUCUGCUUGGGUGGUGUCAUUUUUCCUCUGGGCACCUGCCAUUGUUCUCUGGCAGUUCAUCGUCGGCAAGAGGACUGUUCCUGAGGGUGAGUGUUAUCCACAGCUCUUCUCAAAUCCAGCCAUCACUUUAGUCAUUAUUACAGCUGUUUUCUAUCUCCCUGUUACAAUCAUGGUGACCUUGUAUGUAAAUAUAUCUUGUGCCAGCAAGAGUCGAAUAAAGGGGGCUCAGAAAGUAUCUGAACCAAGCGAGGGUUUCGGUUCUCCGAAUCUAUGGAAAUCCACAAUGUUGAAACCGGGUAAUAACAAUGCAUCAAAUUCUUCUGAUGGGUUGUUCCAUGCCCAAUCACAAAAUGUCAAAUUAACAGCUGGAAUGACAAUUGAGAAAUGUGGGCAAGGGAAAAAGAAGGAGGUCUUCACUGAGUCAAAUUCUCUCGGUUUUGCACCACCAAAUCAAACGAAGGAAAGAGCAAUCGAAGAGAAUGCAACGAUCUCCGCUACACAAAGUCAGGUUGAGAUGGACUCCAUCAAAGUUGCUUCCGUGAACAUAGUCAGCAACUCUCAAAUUAAUGGCUGCAUCGGUAGCACGGUAGGCGUAACAAUUGAUAGUAGCAAUAUGAAUUGGCAUACCUCAGAAUUCAGAGCAAAUGGUAAGGUCAUUACAAUGACCGAGAAACCUGCAAAUAAGAAGAAAGUAGCUGCAAACCGCGAAAAAACGGUAACUAGGACCAUCCUGGCUAUUAUUCUGGCAUUUAUCAUCACCUGGACUCCAUACUUUGUUAUGGUGAUCAUUACUACUUUCUGUCCAACCUGCAUCACCCACACCAUUUGGAAUAUUGGAAACUGGAUUAUUUAUAUCAACAGUACCAUCAACCCAGCUUGCUACGCACUAUGCAAUGCCACAUUCAAAAAAACAUUCAAGCAUCUUCUGUUCUGUCAGUACAAAAACAUUGGCACAAAAAGAUAA